AUGUCUGAUCGAGAUUUUGGUGGCAACGACGACCUCUCCUUGCCAAAAGCAACUGUGCAAAAGAUUAUCACUGAAAUUCUCGCCACAAACGAUUCCGAAUCCAGCAUUACUUUCGCGAGAGAUGCCAGAGAUUUGCUCAUAGACUGCUGCGUCGAAUUCAUCACCCUCAUAUCCUCCGAAGCCAAUGAGAUAGCAGAGCGCGAAGCUAAGAAGACUAUCGCGACGGAGCAUAUCGACAAGGCACUGAAGGAGCUAGGGUUUCCGGAAUAUGUCCGAGAAGUGCUAGCGUCUGCGGGGGAGAUGAAGGAAUCGCUCAAGACUAGGGAGAAGAAAACAAGCAAGAUGGAUCAGAGCGGUCUGACACAGGAGGAGCUGCUACAACAACAGCAGGAGUUGUUCGCGUCUGCAACAAGCAAAUUUAACCAGGGCCCUUGA